AUGGAGCUGGAUUUUGUUCCCCUGCUCAUCCUCUGCUUCUUAGUCUCCAUUUCCAGUGCAGAGCUCGCAGCCAAGGUGGGCGUGAACUUUGGCCAGCUAGGCAACAACCUACCAUCUCCAUCAGAGUCGGUGAAGCUCAUCCAAUCCCUCAAAGCCAAGCGAGUCAAAAUCUAUGAUGCCAACCCUAAAAUCCUCGAAGCUCUCAGAAACACAGACCUCCAAGUCUCAAUGAUGGUGCCCAACGAGCUCAUCAACAACAUCUCCUCAAAUCAAACACUCGCAGACCAAUGGGUCCAUGCCAAUGUGGUGCCCUUUUACCCCGAGACUCUGAUCCGGUACCUCCUCGUCGGAAACGAAAUUCUCAGCCAACCCGAUAAAACAAUCUGGUUCAAUCUCGUCCCGGCAAUGCGCAAAAUCAAAGCUGCCCUCAAAACCCAUGGCAUUACAAAGGUCAAAGUCGGGACCCCAUUGGCCAUGGACGUCCUCGAAUCGUCGUUCCCACCAUCAAACGGUACGUUUCGGUCCGAUUUUUCGGCUUCCGUCAUCAAACCCCUGUUGCAGUUCGUGAACAAGACCAAGUCUUUCUUCUUCGUCGAUGUCUACACGUACUUCCCUUGGUCUUCCGAUCCCACCAACAUCAAUUUAGACUACGCUCUGUUCGAAUCCAAGAACAUUACAGUCAAAGACCCGGUUUCGGGCCUAACCUACCACAACCUAUUCGACCAAAUGGUGGACGCUUUGAUUUUCGCAAUGAAGCGACUCGGCUACCCGGAUAUCCGGAUUUGGAUCGCCGAAACGGGUUGGCCCAGCGGCGGCGACUACGACCAGAUUGGCGCUAACAUCCGCAACGCCGCCACUUACAACCGAAAUGUCGUCAAAAAGUUCAACGCCAAACCGCCGGUCGGGACGCCGGCCCGACCCGGUUCAGUGCUGCCGAGUUUCCUUUUCGCUCUCUACAACGAGAACAAGAAACCGGGUCCAAGCACGGAGCGGAAUUUCGGGUUAUUGUACCCGAACGGGUCGAAUGUGUACCCGAUUGACUUGAGCGGGAAGACGCCCGAGUCAGAGUACGGGCCAUUGCCGGCGGCGACGAACAAUGUGCCAUACAAAGGGCCGAUAUGGUGCUUGGUGGCGAAGGGAGCCAACAGGAGCGCGGUUGCGUCGGCGUUAUCGUACGCCUGCUCGCAGGGGAAUAAAACUUGCGACCCGAUUCAACCCGGAGGGAAGUGUUUUAAACCCAACUCGUUGGUUUGGCACGCUAGCUAUGCGUUUAGCGCGUAUUGGGCUCAGUUUAGGAACGUCGGUGGCAGCUGUUACUUUGGAGGGCUUGCUACUCAAACCAUCAAGGACCCAAGUUAUGGAUCCUGCAAGUUCCCUGGUGCAAAACUAUGA